AUGUCAACGCAGGAAAAACAACAAGAAUCCGGAAAUAAUGCUGAUAAGUGCUAUAAAUGUGGUGAAAGUAUAAAUGAUGAGCCUGGUUGUACAGCUUUAGGUCAAGCGUUUCAUAUGAAAUGUUUCACUUGCAAGGAAUGUAACAAAGAACUUGGUGGCUCAUUUUACAAUGUUGGCGGUCAACCGCUUUGUGAGGAUGAUUAUGUGAAAACGUUAGAACAAUGCACUAAUUGCGAUAAACCAAUUAAGAGGGGAAAAAUGUUACGUGCAAGAGGUUCUUCAUAUCAUGCGGAAUGUUUCGUAUGUACCGUUUGUAACAAAUGCUUGGAUGAUGUUCCGUUUUCCGCUGAUUCAGCUAAUAACAUACAUUGUGUUAAGUGUUUCCAUGAGAAAUCUACACCUCGAUGUUCAAUAUGUUCGAAGCAAUUUAUGCCCGAUAAAGAUGAUGAAGAAUCCGAUCGAAUUGUUGCAAUGGCUAAAAAUUUUCAUGUUAAUUGCUAUCGAUGUGAAGAUUGUCACGUACAACUAAAUUCUGAAAUUGAAGGACAAGGAUGUUAUCCAUUGGAUGAACAUUUGUAUUGCAAAAAUUGUAACAGUAAACGAUUAAAGGCAUUAUCGAAAGAAUCGUAA